AUGGCUCAGGGUCAGCAUGAGGUCGAUUUCUGCACUCUGGGGAUGUUCAUCCUAGAUGAUAUUGACUUUGGUGGCUCAAGACCUGGGGUCAAGAACAUUCUCGGCGGGGCGGCCUCAUUUGCAGUCGUGGGUGCUCGCUUGGUUUCAGGCUCAGAAUAUGCACAAUCCGUGAGCUGGAUUGUUGAUGUUGGCUCUGAUUUCCCUCCUGAGACCCUUGACGUGAUCAAAUCAUGGAAUACAGACUGUCUUUUCAGGGAGGAUUUCAGUCGAUUGACUACGAGGGCCUGGAAUGGAUAUCAUCCAAAUGAGAAACGAGACUUCAAAUACUUGACUCCCAAGUUGAGGCUCGAGCCUGAGAUGCUAUCGGAUACUCAAAUGUGGUCUAAGACAUUCCAUAUGCGGCGAGAAGAAUUGCACAAGGCAGGCAAAGCGCCGUCCACGUUGGAUGCCUCCAAGCGGCCCGUCUUUGUCUGGGAGCCCGUUCCUGACCUCUGCACCCCGGAGGAACAAGAGAAGUUCUUCUCUGCAAACCAAGCCGUGGAUGUCGUGAGCCCUAACCAUAUGGAAAUUGGUAUGAUGUUUGAUCAACCCGGUUGGACCGAGAACAGUGACGAAAGCCAAAAGCUGGUCCAAAAGAUUAUAGACUCCGGCAUUGGCCAUGAUGGAAAUGGUUUACUGGUUAUCAGGGCAGGAAAGGACGGUAGCUACGCUUACUCUAAGAUCAGUAAGAUCUGGCUCCCGGCAUAUCACCAACCUGAUGCUUCUGGCGCUACGUCUGUGCUUGACCCCACGGGUGCGGGCAACUCGUUCCUAGGUGCACUAGCUCAGGGUAUGGUGUCUACAGGCCGAGAGCCAUUCCAGGCUAUCGAUUCUGUUCUAUCGCACUCCGAGACCUGGAAAAAGGCCCUCAACUCUUGGGGUAACUUCCAACACCACCCUAUGGCACUUAUUUGCGCGACCGUUGCAGCAGGCUUUGUGGUGGAACAAAUUGGUGUGCCACAGAUCGAUGUUGAUGGAAACGGAAGGGAAUUGUGGAAUCAGUCUGAAUUCACGGAACGGGUCCGCCUGUACACGCAGCGAUUAUUGAAGACACUUGAGGAGUCUCCUCAGAAACACCUAUUGACCAAUUGA